CCAGGUGGCACGCGUUUUCUCGACGUUCCUCGCGCGUUGUUCAGGGUGAAAACCUUUUUGACAUCGGCGGACUGCAUUCGGUAGCGAUUGUGUGUAGGAGGUCGUUGCGUGCGAAGAUCGCUUGGGAUCAGCAUGGGAUGGGAUCACCCAAGGUGGAACAACCCUGCGAUCGUGAGGUGUUCAGUGAGCUAAUCGCGGUGCACUAUCGCUGUGGGAAGAUCGCGUACGUACGUGUGUGUUUGACGAGUUAUGACGAUCUCGUGCGAGCUGUUGACUAACCAGUGUGUGUGCGAGGAAGCUGCAGGAUCAGUGAACCGUAAAGAAUUUCCAUCGGCGAAAAACGAACGCCACAAUGCAGCAGCGGCAAUGGUUACGCCAAAACGGCGAUCGCUGGCGUGACUUGGAGCAGCAAAAAGGAAGAAAAAUUGUCUCAUGAAAGUGAAAUUUCGCACGUCUGCUUGGGCUGCUGAGUUAUUGCACCAAAUUAUGCGAUGUGAUGCACUGAGAAAAAAACAACAAAACAAAGAAGUGCAAAAAUGUGUAAUAAUUUUAAGUGAAACAAGUUCAGCGUGUACUAUGUAACUAAGCAAAAGGAGCAGAAGUCGACGAUUGUGCAAUAGUUUGAGCCAAAAAGAUAUAUCAAGCAAGUGUUGGUUGUGUGCCAGCGAUGUGUACCUGAUGACGAUAACAGAAGAAGAAAUUUAAAAUCAACCAAAAAGAGGUGGAAAAAGAUAACGUGUUAAGAAGAUAGAAAUAAAUUUAAAAAAAAACAGCAAAUGUGAGUGUGUGGAAAACGCAGUGAUAUUAGAAGCAAACAAAAUUGUUCAAGGAAAGGAGGAGAAAACAAGGAAGCCGCAAGUGAGAGGAAGAGAAAAAGUGGCGAAGAGAAAUUAAAAAUUAAUAAAACGAAACAUUUCGUGCAGUGAAAGAACCGUCCAGAGCCGGACAAUAAAAGUAAUAAUAAUACUCAACGGUAAUCGUACGUUUCGUACCGUACACACAACUCUGCCGGUACGCAACAGUGAUAAAGAAGAGCCUCUGCACGCUAAAAUAGAGUUGUCUGCCCAGGGGGAAGGUUGACUCGCAAAACGGUGUUUUCAAAGUUGAGAUUUCCAUACACGCUGAGUUAGUACGGACCAGAAGGAAGGACGGGGGGGAAAGGAAGAUUUCAAGUGUCGGCAAAGAGUUUAUUUGGUAAAACGGCGCGAAAAUGGAACUUGAACAGUGAACAAGGUUAAAUGCCGCUGGCCAACAUGCUCCAAUUUCAACUGGAUUAUUUUGUUUCGUUUCGUCUACCAGUUUAGUGCCUUCGACUUACGUUUGAAUGCUUUGGUCAGUGAUUUUUUUUUCCUGCGGGUUUAAAAAAGUGAAGACGAUUAACAGUGUGUAAAAAAAGUCGGUAAUUUAACCUCGGGAGGCGCUGAAUCUCGCAAUUUGAAGUAGACCAGCUACCAUGAGACCCCCUGGUAACGGGUUGCCAUGAUGAUGCAUCAGUCCCGUCGCCAACAGCAACCACCCCAGCAACCACCGCCGCCACCAACGCCUGCUGCGACCGGUCCCGGACCGGGAGGAGGCGGCAAGGGUGGAGGUCCUGGCGGAACGACUGAUGGACCUCCGCGCAAGGGAGGCAUUCCGAUUUUUCGGAACAAUCGAAGCGCCAGCAGUAGCCGGAUCAACUCGAUUGUCGUGGGUCCCAAGGUGGACACCGGACGGAGAUCCGUCCAACAACAACAGCAGCAACAUCAUCAGGAAGCUGGUGGAGGGCGAGGUAGUGAAGCGGGUUCCGAUCUGGACCACAUCGAUGAGGAUAUGUUCUCGAAGGUGCCAAAGAUGGAACUGCUAAAGGUGAACUAUGUCAACCUGAAGAACGAUGGGGUCGCCGGAAGUGAGAAGAAAAAGACGGCAGAGGACAAAAAGGCUGCAAAGGGAACGGUUGCGGCGGCAGCGCCUACUAAGGGGAACGUGGCGAAUGCCGUCAAGAAACAGCUGACCACGAACAGCGUGAACCUAACGAGUAACGCGGGUAACGGCUCAACGUCAAACUUGAGCGAUGCCAAGGCUAAAUAUUUGGUCUACAAAAAGCACAACGGGUUCGGAUCGAAUACGUCGAUCGCGGAAAUUGGGGCAAAGUUGCAAUAUAUCAAUGAUACGGAUUUAAAAUCAAAGAAUGGGAAGAAAAAGUACGCUCUGUUUGACAACAAGAAAAAGAACAAACUGGAAACGGUACAGUAUUACUUUGACAGCAGGAGUUACGAGCGUUACGUGGACAACAAACUGUACGGAACCGUCGGUGGGGGGAACAAGGAGCAACAACCUUCGGCCAAACCGGAAGCUGAGCAAAAACCAGACCCCAAACCUCAAAGCCCGGGCGAUGUUGAAAAGCGACAAAGUUGGGAUUUGCGCACUAAUCGGCCAAGCAUGCUGCGCGUAAUCAAUCAAUCAACCGCGGCCAAGAAACCUACCCCGGAAAACAACCAACAGCCGGCGAAAGGUACCUUCAAGCAGCAUCAACCACAGCCGCACUUUCCGGACACUAACAAUCGCAUUUUCAAACUACAAAAGAGCCAUACCAGUACUAAUCUGAUUACACGCCAUAGAUCAAUGAACGAUAUUCAUCGGAUAAAUCAAUUAUUCCUAGAGUCGAGAGCGUUGUCGCCGAUCGAAAGUCAGCCGGCCCCAUCCCUUCCGUCCAUCCAACCGUUACUGUCGCGCCAGCACAGUAGCAGCGUGAUCGCGCUCAACCGGAAAAUUGUCAGCAAAAAUCCGGCCCCACCGUCCGCCGUCAUCGCCGGUGGAAUGGUGCGCGAAAAUGUGCACCGCUUCGAGAAGAACAAGGCAAAGAGUGACGAAAUGUCCGCCAAACAGCAAAAGUACCUGGUCCACAAACGACUUAGCGCACGCUACAAAGCGGAAGAGAGUGCCCUUUCGAUCGCCGCCGCGGCCAAUGCGACACCGACUCAACCGGUGCAACCUGCCGUAAAGUCGGUUUCACCACCUCCAACAGCCCCAGUAAUUGCCGCGAUCGGAUCGGACGACACGAUCAGCAAGCGCAUCCGAAGGAUCAUCGACGGCCACAACGGACACAGCGGAUCAACGGAAACGAUCGAUUUCGAAACAACGAAAAAGCAGGAAGUCAAGCGGGAACCCAUUCGGGUACGGUCCAAAUCUUUGGAGCGGACACUUAGCGAUGACGACAUGAGCACGAUCAGUGCCAAGAGUAGCAAAACUACGUGCGGGUACAAGAACUGUAAGUUCCCCAACUGCCCGAUGUCUUCGUCCUCGUCUUCUUCCGCGUCUUCUACGGUGUCCAGCUCUUCGUGCUCGUCGUCAAAGAAGUGUCCCUCGGCGGCGGAGAGUCACAAGAGCAGUUUCAAGUGCAAAGAGAAGGAACAUCCGGAGAUUAUCUGCGGCAAGCGGACGUCGAUCGUGAUCAACGACAGCGACAGCGAAAUCUUCCUGAACAACGCGCUGAACGAUAAGCUCAACAAUAGUUGUGAAAAUGUUCGCGUGAUUUCGUCGAAGAUCAAGGAAAUCGAUUUGGAGACGAAUCGGAUGAUCAUCGAGAAGUGUGUAGAACCGAUCACGGAAAUUACGGAAACGGUGCUGGCGCGACAAAAGUUCUGGAACCAGCAGAACCAGCGCAACAUCAAGCUGAAGAACAAUCCGCAGCACAAGCCGUACGAUGACAAGGUCAACAUCAACAACAAGAUCAAAAACGAGGAUAACAAUAGCAUAAAGAUUUUCAUAACCAACCAGGUACCGAGCAAGACGGGAUCGCAAAAUUCCACGACGAACCUCAGCGAACCGGUUUCGCUGAUCUCAACUUCGGCUAGCGGAAGUUCGGCCAGUUCGGCAGCUUCGACCGUCAGCUCGAACGGAGCCGAAUCCGACAAGGACGAUGGCUACUACGAUCAAAGCGAGCGAUCGCUCAGUCCAGCGGAAAAGCAACCACUGUCGAUUGUCAGCACGGUCAGCACUGGAAGCACCGUUUGCAGUGACGGAAGUAACAUGUCGAGCGUUACAUGCAGCAAUGGAAACGGCGGCAACCGUUACACUUCAAAGACGAGCAUUCGUUUGGGCUGUGAGGGACCGCUGUUCUGGAACAAUAACUUCUUUGAGGAUUUGGACAGUGGACAAUCGCUGGGACACAACGAUGGGGACAAUAACAGUACCGGUUCGGGGACGGGAUCUACCGGUUCGGGAUGUUGCAAUAAUUCGGGAAGCUGCUGUUGCUGUUGCCGUCGGCGACGGAGUAUUGCACUGGGAAGCAAUAGUUGCAUCAUCAGCUCGAUUGACGUUGGUGGCGGCGGCUGUAACGGUUCUGUUGGCGGCGGCAGCGGCUCCAAUGGUGCCAACGGCGGCUGCUCCGGAGGUAACAACGGGGUGGUACUGAGAAAAGCGCAACUCGGCUGCCAAUGCGGAAUGGCGCAGCACAACAGCAAGAUCGACGGCUUCACGUCACGGCCCCGGUCGAUCGAAGGCCCGCCGGACUCGGGAAUCUCCAUCAGCAGCGACACCAUCAUUGCCAGCUCGGACAGCGAUCUCAAUCUGCAGAGUCAAACGGAUUCGGACGAACGGAAGCUUAAACGAGGACACGUGCUGGCCGAGCUGCUCGAAACCGAGCGCAUCUACGUCGCGGAAAUGGGAUCGAUUCUGAAGGGCUACCGGGACGAGAUGCUGUCGGAGGAGAUGAGCUCGCUGGUGCCGCCGGGCCUGCAGGGCAAGGCGGACAUCCUGUUCGGGAACCUGCACGAGCUGUACACCUUCCACAACGACAUCUUCCUGAAGGACCUGGAGAACUGCAUCUCGACCACGGAACUAGUCGCACUGUGCUUCGUGCAGAGGCGGGACACGUUCUUCCGGCUGUACUCGUACUACUGCCAGAACAUCCCCCGGUCGGAGCGCCUCCGGGAAACCCUGGUGGACACGCACCUGUUUCUGCAAGAGUGCCAGAAAAAGCUCGGCCACAAACUCCCGCUGGCCGCGUACCUGCUGAAACCAGUACAAAGAAUCACCAAGUAUCAGCUGCUCUUAAAGGACCUGCUCAAAUUCAGCGACACCGGAACGUGUUCCCGGGAGCUGCAGAAGGCCCUCGACUGCAUGCUGGUGGUGCUCAAAUGUGUCAACGAUUCGAUGCAUCAGAUCGCAAUAACCGGUUUUCCCGCCGAUCUGUCCCAGCAGGGCGAACUGCUGCUGCAGGACUCGUUCCAGGUGUGGACGGAGAGCAAAAAGGACCUCCGGUUGCGGCUCAAAACCCAACACCGGCACAUCUUUCUGUACCAGAAGGCGAUGCUGUUCUGCAAGCAGGGCUCCAAAACGGGCCACAACAAGAGCACCUACCAGUUCAAGCACUGGCUACAGAUGUCCCAAAUUGGCCUCACGGAAUCGGUUCGGGGCGACCCGCGGCGGUUCGAGGUGUGGCUGCAGGGUCGCCAGGAGGUGCACACCAUCCAGGCCGGCACGGUGGACAUCAAGAACAAGUGGGUCGCGGAAAUCAAGCGGGUUCUGCUGAACCAGCUGGAGGAACUCAAGGGAGAGAAAAUCAAGCAGUACGGACUGAACCACAAACCCCUUCGUCACACGUCCUCGUGGGACGUCCCGCCGACGAUGCACGGCACCCCGAACCGAACGAUGAGCUGUGACCAAACGAUGACGACGCCGCAGGGCCCGCCACAGCAGACCCAGCCGGCCAACAACAUCCAGCAUCCGAUGAUGGGCGUCAGUCAGGAUGUGAUCUCACGGUUAGCCCACCUCGCCAACGACCACGGUGGUCAUGGCCACGGCCACAACCAAGUAGGCCACCAGGACAGCAUGAUGAGUGCGACGGGAAUUUCGUCGUCCUCGUCGGAACAUGACAACCAGGAGACGAACGCCUGGAGCUCGGACUAUUCGAACAGCGAGGACGAAUUUACCCACGGCGGAGGAGGAGGGGGUGGUGGCGGCGGCGGAGAGGAUGGAGUACUUCCGGGUCAUAAAUUUGUAUCGCUCGCGGACUAUUGCGCAAUGGGCAACUCCGAGGUGUCUAUGAAGGAGACGGACAUUGUGGAGCUUCUAAAGAUUGGAUGCGCCGGCUGGUGGUUUGUGAAAGUUAUCGGCACCGGUCUCGAGGGAUGGGCUCCGGCAGCGUACCUGGAACCGAUCAACCGAAAGUCGUCCCGCGGUCUUCGUGGUGCUCGCAGCCAGGACAAGCUGAACGAACAUUAGUAGGAAUAAAGUUGGACAGGGCAAGUUUAGGGACAAACGCGUUGUUGCAUGCAAGCAUUUUCUGGGACAAUUUUCACCCGUUUCUUCACACUUUUUCACCAUAUCAUCAAAUCCGUUUGUUGGGACAAAUCAAACCGUACAGUUAGACAUUAUUCACACACAUUCAUACACGGACUAGCCAAAAUAUACAUUCGAUGAAGAGACACAAAACAAUAGUGCUAAUACUGUAUAAAGCUAAGUGGAAAACAAUAUUGUGAUGAGUGUUUAUUAGAGGUUAGGAUUGUGAACCAAAAACCAAACUAAACUAGCAAUAAUUAUUGAAUCACAAGGAAACGCUGGCGUGUAAAGAAUAGAGUUCCGUGCACGUUAUAAGCCGAAGAAAGUUGGAUAAAAUACACAAUCGUUGUAACGUUA